AUUGAACAAUUCAAAUAUGCCACAGGGAAGAAAAGUCAGCCAAGGCGGGCCUGGAGUGUUACGCCAAAACUGAUGAAAACUGCAUUUUGAUUUGCUCAAAACAGAGAGCCUGUGGUCUGUCUUUGUUCCAUCAAGGAUGGCUUUGCCUUCAACAACACAAUCAUGGAUGAAUAGCACUAACAUCCCUAACUUUGAUCAUGACAUCCCUGCAGCAGCAGAGAGAGACAUAAGUUGUUACCUGCCACUCCACAUAGCCAUACUCCAAGGCAACUGGGAGAAUGCCAGUAAAAUUUUUGAAAAUGACCCCAACGCGAUCACUGCCCGUCUCACCGCCCUCUCGGAGACGCCUCUUCUCCUGGCGGUUAAGGCAAGGCAGGGGAUCCUGUUUGUCAGGAAACUAGUGGAGUUGAUGCAGCCGGAGGCACUGGCUUUGACUGACUACUUUGGCAAUACAGCACUUCAUGCAGUUGCAGUGCUUGGCAAUAUUAUUGAAGCCAAGUUGAUUGUGGAGAAAAACCCAGACUUGCCUAAUAUCUGGAACAAUGAUGGCUUUCUGCCUCUCCACUUGGCUGCCAUGCAUGGUCAGAGGAAGAUGACUCUGUUCUUGCUGUCUGUCACCAGAGAUGACGAGAAAUCGAAACCUUAUGAAGGCGAAGCGGGCGCCACGCUCAUGCGUUUUGCCAUAAAUGUUGGAUUCUAUGACCUGGCUUUGGAUCUUCUCGGCCGCAACCCUAAGCUGGCAUGGAAAGAUUUUUCUCCUCUAGAAGUGAUGGCUCAAGAGCAUUCUGCUUUCCCAAGCGGUACAUGCUUCAACAUCUGGAAGUGCUUCAUCUAUACUUGUGUCCCUUUGAAAUUAAUAGAUCCCAAUCAAGGAAAUGAUCAAUCUCAAGUGCCACACCAUGGGCGCUGUUGUGCUCCAAUUUUUGGCUGUAAGCAAUUAAUAUCAGUGUGGCAAAAAUUCCAUGUAGUUCUAUGGAAAGUCCUUGAAACAUCAGUGCCACCAAUCAACCGAAUUGGUCAGACAAAAAUGAUGCAUCAUCAAGCAAUUCAUCUUGUCAAAAGAAUAUGCAGGGAAGUUAUAGGUCUAGACAACACAAAAGCUUCCUCCAUACUUAGAUUGCCAUUCCUUUUAGCAGCACAGUAUGGGAUUCAUGAAAUUGUCAAAGAAAUUUUGGACUCAUUUCCCGAUGCAAUUACGUUCGUAGAUGAAGAAAACCACACUGCAUUCCAUCUCGCAGUUAUGUACCGUCAUGAAAAAGUUUUCAAGGUCAUGCAUCAGCGAAGUGGGCAAUAUAAAUUCUUAUUAUCUUUGUUACCAGACAAUGAUGGAAAUAAUAUGCUCCAUUUGGUUGGAUAUAAGGCUCGCCAACAACGCCUCGAUUUCUCUUCUGGGGCAGUUCUACAAAUGCAGCGUGAAUUACAAUGGUUUAAGGUAGUGGAGAAGUUUGUGCUACCUCAAGAAAGAAAAUCCAAGAACUGUGAUGGGAAGACACCAUUGCAAAUAUUCAUUGAAGAACACAAGGAAUUGAUGGCAUAUGAAGGGCAAUGGAUGAUGGGCAUGGCAACAUCGUGCACGGUUGCAGCGUCACUCAUUGCCACAGUUGUUUUUGCAGCAGCUAUCACAGUUCCAGGAGGGAGCACAGUUGAUGGAUUCCCAAUUUUCUCCAAAAAAAAAGCCUUUAUAGUCUUUGCCAUAUCAGAUGGACUUGCCCUUGUUUCAGCUCUCUCCACGGUGUUGUCCUUCUUGUCAAUUUUCACUUCGCGCUAUGCAGUAAUUGAUUAUCUGUAUGCCUUGCCAAUGAGAUUAAUAAUCGGCCUAUUGGCGCUAUUCCUUUCAGUAAUAACCAUGAUGACAGCCUUCAGUGCCACACUCUAUCUAGUGUUUUCCAAGGAAAAUGCCUUGAUUCUAAUUCCAGUUGCCACAUUGGCUUGUCUACCGGUGGCCUUGUUUGCAACAUUGCAAUUACCACCCCUUCUAAACAUGAUAAAAUCUACAUAUGGCCCAAGCAUUUUUAGUCAAUGAGUUGAAGGUGCCAUUUUCUAGAUUAAAUAGAAAGAUAUUCAAGUUUUGAGUUUCAGUGUGUAUUUAUGAAAACCCUUUUGUAGUUAAUAUAUGUUUUAUUGUAUUCUUUGUCCAGUCA